AUGAGGAGAUGCGGAAAAUUUGUAGCCGAAAUAAGAAACCUGGCCACCAGGUCCGUCUUCUGGCUGGGGACUUAUUACAAUGCGGUGGACGCCGCCAUAACGUACGACUCCGCCGCAAAGAGAAUUCGCGGUGCCAAGGCCAGGACCGAUUUCCCCCUAAAUGAUGGCCGUAACAUGCAGAGUUUUGUCCUUAACGGAGUGGAGUUAUCUCCUUUGGACCUCACCCUCGCUCCGCCGAUAAAUUUUCCGAUCGAGUGUUAUCACCGGCAGCGCCAAUUCUCUGCAGUUCAUUCUAUUAGCCAGCCCACGAGGUAUGCAACUCCUACGGCGGAAGCUCCGCUGGGUCUCCGCCUUAGCGAAAGAUCAAUGCUAGAGAUUAUCCAAACCUAUGAGGACAUGCUGCAGACGGAGGCCGUCCAGGCACAGCGCAACGGCUUUGAUCUUGAUCUCAACCGCCCUCCACCGGAGGAGGAGAGUUGA